UGCAAACACGAGCUUCCUCCAGCGCUUCCUCUACUGCGCCCGAGAAGAGAGAGAGAUUCAGAUCACUUCCUCCUUCUGAGCGCUGGUGAUCAAACUUGUCGGGACGGGCAGUGAGAGUCGUGUGUCUGCGUGCCAGAGGAGGCCGGGAAGCCUAAUAAGGGUCUCUGCGGUCUGGAGAGGCGCUGGCGUUGAGCACAACCCCGCAAACAAUCACGAUGAAGAGGCGGGACACGCCCCUCCGCAAGCAGCAGUCGACGCCAUGCCUCAGGAAAGAAACGCCGCGGCUCUUCCCGAGGCAGUCGAUGAGCGAGGUGGACGAGCGCGUGCGCCUGCGGGCGGAGAAGGUGUACGCCUCCGCCCUGAAGGAGGAGGACAACAAGGACGCCCUGGCCCUGUUCGACGUGGCGGAGGACUGCCCCAUCGGGCUGCUGGAGGGCCGCGAGCGGGCGCUGCAGCGGGAGCUGGCGGCGCAGCACUCGGAGGAGUCGGCCAAGAAGAAGAGGAGUUUCCGGUUGAAGCGUUCUCAGUCGGCGUCUUCUCACGUCCCUGAAGACGUGGACCGGGCCUGGUCGUCGGCGUCCCCGGUGCUCGACCCGACGACGCCAGAACCUUUUCCCGAAGAGGACUUUCCAGACUUCCAGAGGGUGACCAUCAGUGGAGAUUACUGUGCCGGGAUCACAGUUGAGGAUUAUGAGCAGGCAGCCAAAAGCCUCCUGGCGGCGCUGUUCAUCAGGGAGAAGUACUCCAGGCUGGCCUACCACACCUUCCCCAGGACCACCGCCCGAUUCCUCCGCCAGGCCGAGAAUCAGAAGUGGCGAGAGGAGGAUGAGAUCAUGCCAGACAUCUGCCCCUCCCCCCGCGGAGGGGAGGACCCGUACUCCACGGAGGGGAUUCCCGAGGACCUGAACUACGAGCUGCAGAUGAAGGACGGCAUCGUGAACGUUUACGACGACGCCGAGGCCCUGGAGCGCCAGCGGCCCCACAACCUGCCGUACCCCGACCUCGAGACCUUCGCCAUAGACCUGAGCCACGUGCUCGCCAUGAUAGCCGACGGCCCCACGAAAACCUACUGCCACAGACGCUUGAACUUCUUGGCCUCUAAAUUCUACCUGCACGAAAUGAUGAAUGAAAUGGCGGAGCUGAAAGAGCUGAAAUGCGUCCCGCACAGAGACUUCUACAACGUCAGGAAGGUGGACACGCACAUCCACGCCGCCGCCUGCAUGAACCAGAAGCACCUGCUGAAGUUCAUCAAGACCACGUACCAGACGCAGGCCGACCGCGUGGUCCUGGAGAAGGGCGGCCAGAAGUUCACGCUCAAGGAAGUCUUCGACAACCUCAGCAUGGACCCCUACGACCUCACCGUGGACUCUCUGGACGUGCACGCUGGAAGACAAACGUUUCACCGCUUUGACAAGUUCAACUCCAAGUACAACCCGGUGGGGGCGAGCGAGCUGCGGGAGAUCUACCUGAAGUCAGACAACUACAUCGAAGGGGACUACUUUGCUCGUCUCAUCAAGGAAGUGGCCAAAGACCUGGAGGAGAGCAAGUACCAGCACGCCGAGCCCCGGCUGUCCAUCUACGGCCGCUCCGCCAGCGAGUGGGAGAGCCUGGCGACCUGGUUCAUCCAGCACAAGAUCCACUCGCCCAACAUGAGAUGGAUGAUCCAAGUCCCCAGGAUCUAUGACAUUUUCAAGGCAAAGAACAUCAUACCAAACUACGCCAAGAUGCUGGAGAAUGUUUUCCUCCCGCUCUUCGAGGCCACGGUUAAUCCCCAAAAGCACAAAGCAACUCAUAUUUUCUUAAAAUACGUGACGGGAUUCGACAGCGUGGACGACGAGUCCAAACACAGCGACCACAUGUUCUCCUACAAAAGCCCCAAGCCUGAGGCGUGGACCACGGACGACAACCCGCCCUACACCUACUACCUGUUCUACAUGUACGCCAACAUCAUGGUGCUCAACAACCUGCGCAAGGAGCGAGGAAUGAACACCUUCCAGUUCCGUCCCCACUGCGGCGAGGCCGGGUCCAUCACCCACCUGGUCUCCGCCUUCCUCACGGCGGACAACAUCUCCCAUGGACUCAACCUCAAGAAGAGUCCAGUGCUGCAGUACCUGUACUACCUGGCCCAGGUCCCGAUCGCCAUGUCCCCGCUGAGCAACAACAGCCUGUUCCUGGAGUACUCCAAGAACCCGCUACGAGAGUUCCUGCAGAAAGGCCUGCGUGUGUCGCUGUCCACCGACGACCCCAUGCAGUUCCACUACACCAAGGAGGCGCUGAUGGAGGAGUACGCCAUCGCAGCCCAGCUGUGGAAGCUGAGCACCUGUGAUCUGUGCGAGAUAGCCAGAAACAGUGUGUUGCAGAGCGGAUUCUCGCAUCAGGAGAAGAAACACUUCAUUGGUUCAAACUACCUGCAAGACGGACCGCGGGGCAACGACAUCCGGCGGACGAACGUGGCCCAGAUCCGCGUGGCCUACCGCCACGAGACGUUGUGCAACGAGCUCAGCUUCCUGGUGGACGCCGUGAAGACGGACGUUGACGCCAGCAUACCAGAGUGAACGAUGCCUGAAGAUACCUUCGGGGAUUAAGAAUCGGAUGUGAGACAGCAUUUAUUAUUAUUUUUUUAACAUAUUCUUAUGAAAUUUUUGGACACUGAUUUUACAAAAGGGGGCUCUUUCUAUUUUAUGUUAAGCUGUUGUGCACACGGCUGAUUCAGAAUAACACAUUUAUUCAGAAGCUGAAAGGAUUUUUUAUCUGAAAAAUAGAAUUUGGUGAAUGUUUAAGGCCUUUAUCUGGACUGUAGGUCCACAAUGAAGUGUGAUUGAGCUUUAGAAACAAUUAUAUACUCGCAACUGUGGAAGACUACCUUGUAAUUAUAUAGCCUUUUUUAUGAUUGUCAUUUCUCAUACAUUUUGAUAUGUAAAUAAAGGCUGCAAAAUAGUC